CCCCAGCCCACGCCCUGGGACUGACCACUUUCGGCACACAAUUCAACUUGGUUGGUUGUCCCCCGGUCGCAGUGCAAAUUGAGUUGUCGAGUUGUCGAGGAGCGCGCCCGGCUGCUUUGGGGAGGCUUGCUCUCAAUUCAGUUUUGAGUUGUUAUUUUUGUUUUGUGUUUUGUGGUUUGAGAGUGGUGCGAGAGCUUAGAAGUAGUUGUUGUUCUUGUCAUUGUUGUUGUUGGAGAGAGAACACAGCUGGCAACAAAGCGAGCGUUGCAUUUUUAACUUUACAGCAAAACGGAAAAGAAGAAUACUAAGAAAUGGCUGCUCAGCCCAACCAACCCCAUCAGAUAUCGACGGGGCGCAGAGCUGUGUUCCAGGUGUUAGCCGGCGGCUCUGCCGGAUUUGUGGAAGUCUGCAUCAUGCAGCCCCUCGACGUGGUGAAGACACGCAUGCAAAUCCAGAGAAUUCCAGGAGUCGGCGCCACCGCCAUAGAGGCGCACUACAAUGGCGUCUUCGACUGUUUUGCCAAGAUGUAUCGGCAGGAGGGCCUGGCGUCGUAUUGGAAGGGCUUGAUUCCGCCCGUUCUGGCCGAAACACCAAAGAGGGCCAUCAAGUUUUUGAUAUUCGAGCAGUCGAAACAAUAUUUUCUAUUUGGAUCGCCGACUCCGACGCCAUUCACUUUCUCGAUGGCUGGGCUGACGGCCGGUCUGCUGGAGGCGAUUGCCGUCAAUCCCUUCGAGGUGGUCAAGGUGGCGCAGCAGGCGAAUCGCCAGAGACAAGGUGCUGGCGUCUUCGAGGUGGCACGCGACAUAGUCAAACGCGAUGGCAUCGGACUGCGAGGAUUGAACAAGGGCGUAACGGCGACAAUGGGUCGCAAUGGUGUCUUCAACAUGAUAUACUUUGGAUUCUUUCACAGUGUGAAGAACGCGGUGCCGGAGCCCAAGGACAAAGUUUGGGAGUUUCUGCGCAAAGUGGCCAUUGGGUUUACGGCCGGUACGCUUGGCUGCCUGGUCAACAUACCGUUCGAUGUGGCCAAAUCCCGCAUCCAGGGACCGCAACCGGUGCCAACUGUGAUCAAAUAUCGCAGCACCAUGAGGACAAUCGGUAUUGUCUACAGCGAGGAGGGUGUUCGCGCCCUCUACAAGGGCCUGGUGCCGAAGAUCAUGCGCCUGGGUCCUGGUGGUGCCAUCAUGCUGCUAGCCUUUGACUACGUCUACGAGUAUCUCUUGAAGAAUCACUCCUAGUCCUCCAACACUGACAUUUACAUUUAAAUUAACAAUUAACAAUUAUGAAAACAAUGCUGUCUAUGUGUACAUAAUAAAGUUAAGCUUUUUUUUCGUGUA